AUGUCAACGAAAGAGCAGAAGAAAAUUUAUGAUGAGAUUAUAGACUCUGUUUUUAAAGAUAAAGGUGGAAUAUCUUUCUUAUAUGGUUUUGGUGGAACUGGUAAAACAUUUCUUUGGAAAGUUUUAUCUGCAGCUAUAAGGAUAAGGAAAGAAAUAGUGUUGAAUACUGCAUCUAGCGGUAUAGCCUCUCUUUUGUUAGAAGGUGGCAGAACAACUCAUUCAAGGUUUGACAUUCUUCUUGACGUUCAUGAAACGUCAAUGUGCAGAAUGUCAAGGUCUUCUGAUCUAGGUGAAUUAUUCCAAGAAGCGAAGCUGAUAAUUUGGGACGAAACUCCAAUGAUGAGUAAAUACUGCUUUGAGACUUUGGAUAGAAGUUUGAGAGAUAUAAUGCGUGAUUCAGAAGAUAAACCUUUUGGGGGUAAGGUCAUUAUUUUUGGUGGUGAUUUCCGUCAGAUACUUCCUGUUAUUGUUGGUGCUGGCCGAGAGCAAAUAGUUAACUCAUCGCUCAACUCAUCUUACCUUUGGAAUCAUUGUAAAGUUUUAAGGCUAACAAGAAAUAUGAGGUUGUUGCAAAACAUAACAAGAAAUGAAACCAGGGAGAUUGAAGAGUUCUCGAAAUGGAUUCUUGAUGUUAGAGAAGGAAGACUGAAUGAGCCAAAUGAUGGAGUUGUUGAUAUUGACAUUCCAGAAGAAUUGCUUAUCACAGAAGUAACCUCUCCAAUUGAAUCGAUCAUUACUGCAGUAUAUGGGAAUUCGUUACAUACUGCCAAGGAUGCCAGCUAUUUUCAAAGCAGAGCUAUUUUGUGUCCUACGAAUGAUGAUGUCAACACUAUAAAUGACCACAUGAUAUCUAUAUUAGAAGGUGAGGAAAGGGUUUACUUAAGUUCAGAUAGUAUUGAUCCUGCAGAUAAAAGGAAUAAAGACAAUCCUGCAUAUAGCCCGGAUUUCCUAAACUCAGUUAGGAUUUCAGGAGUGCCAAACCAUGCUCUUCGUUUAAAAAUUGGUUGUCCAGUAAUGUUGUUACGCAAUAUUGAUCCUCAUGGAAGUCUAAUGAAUGGAACAAGACUACAUAUUACACAAAUGGUUGAUCAUGUUAUACAAGCAAGAAUCAUCACUGGUACGAGAGUUGGUAAAAUUGUUCUUUUACCAAGAAUGGUAUUAAUACUAUCAGAUACCCGUUUGCCUUUCAAAAUGAGACGUAGACAAUUUCCGAUAAACGUUGCUUUUGCAAUGACUACCAACAAAAGUCAAGGUCUGUCUCUCUCAAAUGUUGGUUUAUACUUGUCUAGACUUGUUUUCUCUCAUGGCCAGCUAUAUGUAGCUAUGUCCCGUGUAAGCAGUAAAUCAGGAUUGAAAAUCCUCAUUUGA